UUAUGGUUCCUUGAUUUGUGUGCUUGCAGGGCGCAUCCACUCGGCCACGGUUGUCAGCAUGGAUCAGGACAAGCAGGUCAUAGUGGCGGAGUGGUACGAGAAGGGGGAGACCAAGGGCAAGGAGCUCGAGUUCAGCACAGUUUUUGCGCUGAACCCGGGUCUCCAGGACGUGAACCGGAAUUCCGUUAAAAAGCUAAUGCGUGAUCCACGCGAAAUUCCAAGCCGUCUCCCAAGGCAUACGCAGGUGCCCCUGGCGUCAGCCAAGUCGGGCACCAUCCAGGACCGGCGUAGCCUCGCAAGGCCAGCGCUGCACCAGCAGAAUGGUCACGACCGCGCCAUGGGGCCCCCACCCGCACCACUUCCCACGACCAAGUCCAGCAACAUAAUCUCCUCCAUGGCUGAAAAGGAUGUGCCAAUGAACUCCGUCGUAACGCGGCAGUCCCAACAGCAGCCUCCGCGGGCGCUGGUUGCUCCCAGUGGCAGUGCAUCCGACCUGAGUGCAGCCAAUCGGCGACGCACGAAUGUGGUCAAGGAGGUGGACCGCAUCAAGAAGCAGCGGGAGGAGCGGAGGGCAAGGCAGCUCAGUCAGAUCGAGGAGAAGAGGGAGCGAAUGAACGUUGACCCAGGCAACCCCAACUGGGAGUUCCUUUCCAUGAUCAGAGAGUACAGGUCAACACUCGACUUCAGGCCUCUCUCCAUGAACGAUCCGUCAGAAGUGCACCAGAUUUGUGUGGCUGUACGCAAGAGGCCACUAAAUAAAAAAGAGGUAAAUCGCAAGGAAGUGGACGUCAUCACUGUCCCCAACAGAGACCUCAUCGUGGUCCAUGAGCCAAAGCUUAAGGUGGACCUCACAAAGUUCCUAGAAAAUUCAACAUUUCGCUUUGACUAUGCCUUUGAUGAGACGGCCAACAACGAGCUUGUCUACAAGUACACAGCACGACCACUAGUGCAGACGAUAUUUGACGGGGGCAUGGCGACAUGCUUUGCUUAUGGACAGACGGGCAGUGGCAAAACGCACACUAUGGGUGGAGAUUUCUCCGGGAAAACGCAAGACUGUUCGAAAGGCAUCUAUGCCCUAGCAACCAAGGAUGUGUUUAAGCUGCUGAAGUCUCUUAAAUAUAAGAAUGAAGAUUUAGUGGUCUCUUCAAGUUUUUUCGAAAUCUACAGUGGGAAGGUGUUCGACUUGCUCAACGCCAAGGCGAAACUCCGUGUACUGGAAGAUGGCAGGCAGCAGGUGCAGGUUGUUGGCCUCGUGGAGAGGGAAGUAGACUCCGUUGAAGAAGUCCUAAAGCUUAUUCAACAUGGCAACAGUGUCAGAACAUCUGGGCAGACAUCAGCCAACCAGAACUCUUCGCGGUCGCAUGCAGUAUUCCAGAUCAUCCUGAGGCAAAGGAAGUCCAGCCGCCUCCACGGGAAGUUCUCGCUCAUCGAUCUGGCUGGGAAUGAGCGGGGUGCCGACACGUCGAGCGCCAAUCGGCAGACAAGAAUGGAAGGUGCAGAGAUCAACAAGAGCCUGCUUGCCCUCAAGGAAUGCAUCAGGGCAUUGGGUCGUCGUGGUGCUCACCUUCCGUUCCGGGCCAGCAAGCUGACACAGGUCCUCAGGGAUUCGUUCAUCGGCGAGAACUCUCGGACCUGCAUGAUUGCCAUGAUCUCUCCAGGCCUGAGUUCUUGCGAACAUUCCCUCAACACGUUGCGCUAUGCAGACAGAGUGAAGGAGCUUGGUGUUGAGGACAGCCCAGAGCUGAAGCCUGCCUCAAACGAGGAUGAAGAGAUGGCUCCAGAAAGUGAAGAGGACGACAACCUGGCUCUGCUGAGAGCUUCUGAUGACGUGGAGAUGUCUGGAGACAUGUACACAUUCCACGAGGCCAUCUCCCACCUACAAGAGAUGGAAGAGGAAAUUCUGGAUCUGCACAAGACUGUUGUUGAGGCCAGCCAAGCAUGGGUGCACCAGGACAUGGACCUCCUCACCAUGACCAAUGAAGUGGACUAUGACCUUGACCUGUACGUGCAGAAGCUGAAGGAUUUGCUUGCUGAGAAAAUGGAGGUCCUCUCAAAGUUCAAUGAAAAGGUGACUGGAUUCCAACAGCACUUGGCCGAGGAGGAAAAAAUGAGCAUGAACAUCAAGCGGCCUGUAAAGUGAAUCCAAAUGGGCGCAGCACUGACCAAUGUUAUUUGCUUCUUCCUCGCCUCGCCAACUUUCCUCGCCAGCUUUUUUUUUUUUUCUUUUUAAGCCAUUUCACCCACAUCUGUGAAGACCAGUGCUGCCCUCAACCCUGUACAUAGUGAAUGGGCAGGCAUGGCUUGGUGCUGUACUUUUUUUUUUUUUUUUGCUGACCACUUGAUAGACCACAACUAUGUUGUUGUGUGUAAUAUAUUUGUACACAUGUUUUAACUGUUCUGACUGCUUAUUUUUGUUUGUAAUCCCCUGUACAUAAGCUAGACUUUUAAACCAUGUUCAGCCGACACCCCACCUCUCCACACUUAGUUUUUAUUAUUUUUGUUUAGUUCUAUAAACACUGAGUGUUUGUAUGUCUCUUCUUUUUUUUUUUUUAACUCCUUUCCUUUAAUGGCCUUCCAUGCAGUGCAUAUGUGCAAUGGAAAAGUCAAUAAAUUUCCUCAGAGCACAACAUUUGCAUUUCUGGCCAGCAGACCUCGGGCAGCCUGAUUUUAUUGACUACUUUACAACGGCAUUGAUUGUAAUAGUUGCAAUAGUAGUAUGCCUUGACCUGGAUUAUUUUGGUGUCGGUGGCUGAAAGUCCCAAUCUGGCAUUAAAAGUGAAUACAUAUGCUAUA